CGACUCUCAGAGCACGAUCAGUUCCUCCUCCGCAUCUUUGCUUAUCAAAUCAAGCACCAGCUAUCUGAAGAGGCUCUCCAAGGCAUCCCUGAGGCUUUCAAUAUUCCGGAGGACGUUCCCUCACUCAAGGCCCUCCGCUCACGCAUGGGCGCUCUGUCCGGUCUGAAGCCAGAGAAGUACGACUGCUGCAUUGAUUCCUGUCUUGCAUACACAGGAACCAAUUCCGACCUGACAAGCUGCCCUUACUGCAAAGAGGAUCGUCAUGACAAGUAUGGCAAUCCCCGUCAGCAGUAUACACAUAUUCCCAUCACUCCACGUCUACUCGCUCUCUUUCAGAAUAAGGAGAUUUCGGAGAGAAUGGACUACCGUGAAGACUAUGAGAGUACACCUGGGGUAGUGCGGGACAUCCAGGACUCAGAUCAGUACAAGAAUCUCAAAGGGAAGCCCAUCAUCAUUGAUGGUGAAAGCGUUGGUGCAAACUUUUUUGAUUCUCGAACGGACAUUGCUCUAGGUCUCUCUACGGACGGCUUUGCGCCCUUUCGCCGAAGAAAGAAGAGC